GAGAAUUUAUGUUGACAUGAUGGCCAGGUCGAAUGUGUGGCGCAGUCCGGUGAUGGUGCUGACAGCAGGUGUGCACUGCAGCAGCAGCAGCAGCAGUUUGCCGACGGUCAGACAGGCGUACUCAGACAGCAGCAUUGUCCGGCCUUUCAGUGAGAUUCCCGGACUGUGGAAGAAUGGAGUGGCCAACUUGUACAACUUUUGGAAACUGGAUGGCUUUAAAAACCUUCACCGUAUGAUGUUGCAGAACUUCAACACUUUUGGACCCAUUUACAGGGAAAAAGUAGGUUAUUACGAAAGCGUUAAUAUCAUUAAUCCUGAAGAUGCUGCUAUCCUGUUCAAAGCGGAGGGCCAUUAUCCUACCAGACUGAAAGUUGAAGCCUGGACAUCAUACAGAGACUACAGGAAUCGCAAAUAUGGAGUUUUAUUAAAGAAUGGAGAAGAUUGGAGAUCAAACCGUGUGAUUCUGAACAAGGAGGUGAUUUCCCCAAAGAUGCUGGCAAACUUUGUGCCAUUACUGGAAGAAGUGGGUCAGGAUUUUGUGGCCAGAGUUCACAAAAAGAUAAUGCGAACCGGCCAGAACAAAUGGACCACUGACCUUUCUCAAGAGCUCUUUAAAUAUGCACUGGAGUCUGUGAGUUCAGUGCUGUAUGGGGAGCGUCUGGGCUUGAUGCUGGACUACAUCGACCCUGAAGCUCAACAUUUCAUCGACUGCAUCACCCUCAUGUUCAAGACUACCUCACCCAUGCUGUAUAUACCUCCUGCUCUGCUGAGGAAAGUUGGAGCGAAGGUAUGGCGGGACCAUGUGGAGGCUUGGGAUGGGAUCUUCAACCAAGCGGACCGCUGCAUCCACAACAUCUACAGGCAGCUACGUCUGGAAGCUGGCACUCCAAAGAAAUACCCAGGAGUCCUGGCUAGCUUGCUCAUGCUGGACAAACUCUCGAUUGAAGACAUCAAGGCCAGCAUCACUGAGCUAAUGGCUGGAGGAGUAGAUACGACUUCUAUCACGCUGCUGUGGACAUUGUAUGAACUAGCGAGGCACCCCAACCUCCAGGAGGAGCUGAGGGCGGAGGUGGCUGCAGCACGGGCUGAAAGCCAGGGAGACAUGUUGGAGAUGCUGAAGCGGAUUCCUUUGGUCAAAGGAGCUUUGAAGGAAUCACUGAGGUUACACCCGGUUGCAGUGAGUUUGCAAAGAUAUAUAUCAGAAGAUAUCAUCAUUCAAAACUACCACAUCCCAGCAGGGACUCUGGUUCAGUUAGGACUGUAUGCAAUGGGAAGAGACGCCAAAGUGUUUCCCCGUCCGGAGCAGUAUCAGCCCUCCCGCUGGCUGAGGACAGAGGCGCACUACUUCAGGAGCCUUGGCUUCGGCUUCGGCCCCCGUCAGUGUUUAGGACGCAGAAUAGCUGAGACUGAGAUGCAGAUCUUCCUCAUCCAUAUGCUUGAGAACUUCAGAGUGGAGAAAGAGCGCCAUGUGGAAGUGAAGAGUACCUUUGAGCUCAUUCUCUUACCAGAGAAACCUAUAAUCUUGACGUUGAAGCCCUUACAUAUUAAUCGGUAACAACAACUUAGAGAGAAAUGUUUUGUGCAUGAUAAGCCAGACCUUUAUCACUCACAAUUGUAACAGGCUUCCUAAACCAUAUAUAUACUAAAUAACCACUGCUAACCUAAGAUGUUAAUGGAAAAAGCUAAAAACCAUUUACCUCUGUAAUUCUAUAACUAAUGAAACAUAACUAUAUGUACUGUAUAUUACUCAAUGAGAUAUUUUACCAGUAAUUGUAAUGUGUAGUUUCUGUGUUUAAAAUAUUUCAGACAGAUGCUUUAUUCCGUGUGCACAUGGCAAAAGUAUUUUAACAUAUCAACAAAAGAUUAAUAAAACAAUACUUUUGAUUCAAAAUA